AUGUGGGAGGACGCGUCUCUCAUUGGCGCUGUGCCCGUCUUGCCUUGCAGAAUGCCGGCGGAAACGACGACGACCUCGACCGGCACGGCACGACACGGCUCCCGACGCCGGGCACCGACUUACUACUACCAAAGCCCCUCCGCCGUCGUGGACGGUGACGUGCGGUUUGGCGAGGGCUGCGUGGUGCUGCCGCACGCGCGGAUCUGUGUCUCACGCGGCUACCGACUGCAUGUCGGGCCGUUCUGCCUCUUCGAAGACUUCGCCGAACUCGUCUGCGAUGGCGCCGCUACCACCACCACCGAUCAGCCGCGCGCAGGGGACGCUCCUGCUCCCUCCGCCGCAUCUGAUCACGGGCACGCGGCCUCGCCAUUGGCGAAGGCGGUAGUGACAUUGCACAUUGGAAGCCACAACCACCUUCACUCCUACGCUCGUGUGCACUGCACUGUCGCGGCCGCCACCCCGUCGCCGCCGCCGCUGGCGUGGCAGUUGAUCGGCAGGGGCAACGUCUUUCACGCCUUCGCAGCUGCGGUGCUGAUGGCGCUGCCGCACCCCUCCUCGAGCCGGUCUGCGCCAUCAGCACCGCAGCUGCAACGCUUCUUAGGGGACUACAACGUCGUCACGACGCAUAGCGCCGUGCCGCUGCCGCAGGGGGGCACCAGCACCAGAGACGCCUCAGCCGCUGCACCGCUGGCUGAGCCCGACGAGCGUGGUGGGCGGCUGAAGCGGUUAGACGAGCACAAAGACGCGGAACGACCCCUCGCACCGUCCGAUCCUACUGAAGGCACAGCGGCGGCAGCCAUGCUGCCUGGAGGCGCGUCAGUCGACAACCCACUCUUUCGGAGCGAGGAGGACGAUGCUAAGCUCAGCGGUGCGCAUGUACGGACGCAACUGCCGCCAGCCGCAUCCUUGUCGACUCCUCUGUCGCCUGCGGUGUCGAGCAAUGCGGCCUCAAGCGCGUUCCAGCACGUCAUCUUCUUCUCCAGUGAAUUGCGCACUGACGGAGCUGCAGGGUCCUCGUCCACGGCGACGAGCGCCUUCGGUGUGCCCCGCUUUGGCGCUCGCAGCGCUGCGGAGCUGCCGGUGGUGGUUCAGCGCAUCGCCGAAGAGGCGAACGCGGGCCCAUCGACGACAGCAGAGGUGGCGAGAACGGCAGCACUAUCAGUAAAACCACAGCCGAUCAGCUCGGACUCGCCGUCCCCAGGAAGCAUAGGAGCUGCACCACCAACAGCGGCGAUGCUGGGGCCCUACAUCUCCGACGUACACUCGGAUCUGCGCUCGCACGAAGAGGCGUGCAUCGUCAGCGAGGUGGAGCUUAAGUGUCGCCAUUAUAUCCAUCAGCUCCUUGACGGUCACGGGCUACAGCCAGUCGCGGCGCGGCUCGACGGCGUCUAA